AUGGAUACUAGAAGACGUCUUAGCGACGAUACCGAUUUGAUUUAUACGGUAAAUCUUGAAGCGACCCUUGAUGAACUUCGGAGAAAAGUCAAAGAACAUGAAGCUAUAUUAAACAGGAUACGCGCCUCACCAUCUUUACACAAUGCAAAUCAGAAUCAUCCUCCCACAGCACCAUGGGAUAUUAUGAAGGUGGCUUAUGAUGAGUUGGCAUCGCAAUCGUCUUUUUUACCGUUUCCGGAAUCCGUAUUACCAGCCCUUCUAGCUCUUCGCAAAACACACCAAACGGUAGAAGAAACGAGGGCUUAUCUGGCGUCUCACAAGGACUCGGUAGAUAAGACUAAGAAACGCCUGGAGGCGGAGAAAUCUAACCUUCAGGAUCAGACUGCCCUUUCACAGAGCCUUCGCAAUCGCAUCCAGUCAUUACGUGAUGAUAUAGAAACCCAGAUGGAAAUGGGACCGGAUGAUAUCGCGACGGAACGAAUCAACGAACUUAAGGAAAAAAAGAAGCAUUACGCCAAAGAGACAUCUACACUUCUCAAAGCACUCAAAAGAUUUAUUGAUGACCAUCUCGCAAGUAUGCUUGCGGCUGAAGAGCUAGGUGGCCCCGUCGUCGGCGACAUAAUGGACCUCGAUGGAGACGAUCUUGCUGCAGGAUUUAGUUCUCAGGGCAAACUGAAAAAGCCCAAGGAAAAUCCAGACCAAGACAAAAGACAGCGACGUAUUGACGAAAUUUGGGGUAAUUCACAAGGGGAUCAACCUGCAGAGCGAACCAAUAAGGAUGGCAGAGAUGAAGCUGCAGCUGCAGGUGAAGAGAUGCGUACCCUAACGGAAGAGCUCCUAAACAACCUCGCACUGUCCGAUGGUGAUAGCUCAGCCGCUUACGUCCAACUACCCAGGGAAUCAGCAGCAGCAAGAUUCUUGGUUAGAUCUAGGGUUGCUCAGUUCCAUCCUAGGGAUUCGACAAAGCUACGUUUAAUCGACUUUGGCAAGGAAUUAGAUGAAUAA